AUGAACGCCUCGAUAAACGCCACAGACACCCGAACACACGAACACACAUCUGGUGCGUCCGCUUGGCAAAAGCUGGCUGAUGUGCCAUCACAGAUUCGGUCCGCCUAUGCCGCUGUUGUCUGGUUGGCUGUCCCAGAACAACACCCAUUGGAUUUUGUUGGACUCGCUUAUACCUGUGCCGUCGAGUUGCACUGUCUCGAAUGUGUGGUCGAGUUUCGGUACACAGGCACGACGGGCACGACAGCAGUCAAAUUCGCAGAACGCCAGAACCGCCAAUGCCAGGACGGGUCAUCCAUGAACCCCAGAUGGGCAUGUCGUCUCCUUUUGGCUCUAGCUCCUCGUGGUUUGUGGAGAGGGAAUUCUGGAGACUCUGGAGACUCUGGAGAAGAAGAGCCAGCCGCCCAGCCAACUCCCGUUCAACGUCUGCUCCAAAGUUGCGAGGAACUUGUGCUCGGCAACGGAAAACGAGGUGGAAAGACACUGGGCCAGAAUGGGGCACACUGGGGGCACAAUGGGGUGACGGUUCCGGAGGUGGAGUAAGCCAGGCCAAAAAAGUUGGGGAAGGUUGGAGAGGUUACAUCCACCAUGUUCCCCACACGGAGAUACAUACGGCAUGUGAGACUGGAAGAGACUUUCUCAACCUCACUCUCUCUCCCUGAACACCCCUGGCUGCUGGUGCUUGGGAUGGCUUCGGCUUGGAAUGGCAGGCUGCCGGAAACCCAAAACCCUAGAUUGUG